AUGGUGAACCCUGUGAUCCGCCAGAUCUGUCUGGCCAGGGUGCUCAUCAAUGGCAGCAACACCCUGAAUAUCAUCUUCGCCAAGACAUUGGAGGACAUGGGCUUCGACAUGACCAAGCUGGUCCCCUCUGCCCAGGCUUUCUAUGGCAUCAUCCUGGGUGCCGGUUCGACUCCGUUCGGCAAGGUCACCCUCCCCAUCACCUUCGGCACUCGGGACAACUACAGAACCGAGUCCAUCAUCUACGAGGUGGCGUCAUUUGAGACUUCCUACCACACCAUACUUGGGAGACCAGCUCUCACCAAGUUCAUGGAAAUUCCAAAUCAAAUGUAUCUUCUCCUAAAGAUGCCGGCUCCGAACGGAGUCCUCUCCAUCCAAGGUGACAUCCAGAUGUCUCACUCCUGUGAGACAAAGAACAUCAACAUCGCCGAAGCCAUGGAGAGGACGACCAACCAAGCUCUAGUCGCUCUGGCGUCAAAGGACCUCAUGAAGGAUCAACUCUAG